UUUCCUGAUCCACGUUUAACUGUGGCCAAGUGUAGAGCCCCACGAGGCCCCUUGAGGGCCCAAGAGGCCACAAGAGGCCCCAAGAAGCCCCAAGAAGCCCCCAAGAAGCCCCAAGAGGCCCCCAAGAAGCCCCCAAGAGGCCCCCAAAGGGCCCAAGAAGCCCCCAAGAGGCCCCAAGAGGGCCCCCAAGAGGCCCCAAGAGCCCCAAGAAGCCCCAAGAGGCCCCAAGAGCCCCAAGAGGCCCCAAGAAGCCCCAAGAGGCCCCAAGAAGCCCCAAGAAGCCCCCAAGAGGCCCCAAGAAGCCCCCAAGAGACCCCAAGAAGCCCCCAAGAUGCCCCAAGAAGCCCCCAAGAGGCCCCCAAGAGGCCCCAAGAGGCCCCAAGAGGCCCCAAGAAGCCCCCAAGAGACCCCAAGAAGCCCCCAAAAGACCCCAAGAAGCCCCCAAGAGACCCCAAGAAGCCCCCAAGAAGCCCCAAGAGGCCCCCAAGUAACAGUUGUAAGGGAGUCAGUGUCUCCUGA